UCUGAUAAGCCAUAGUAUGAAUUCAGGAGGAACAGCAGAUUUUAAAAGAAACAUGACCAACAUACAAAAACAUUACUAUCUUCUUUUUGCCAUCAGUUGUCUCUGCUUUCUUCAUUCAGCUCACUGUGUGGGAGACUGCACGCACGCUGUCAGGGCGAAACGUUUGACAUCUCAUGUAGCUCCAGGGGGAAGUCUGUCUCUGUCCUGUGUGGUCAAACACUGUGGAGAGAAAUGGAUUGGAGACUGGAUCUGGAGAAACUCAACAGAAGUUUACACCAUCAAAGAAAGUGAGAGGCAUCGCUUGAGCAACACGACACUUUCAGCUGAGGAGACUCGUCUGUAUUUGAAUAUCCUGACAAUCAACCAAUCAGAUGAGGGCUCCUAUGGAUGUAGCGUGAAAUGGCAUCAAGGAUCAACUGAUCAGGGGCACUUGACCUAUUUGAAUGUUACGGCAGCUGUCCCGUCUCAGAGGAUUGUGCUGCACAGGGUUUUUGUCUGUGCUGGAGCUUUGUUAUGUCUUCCGAUCAUUCUGGGAUUGGCAUGGUUUCUUAGCUCACGAGUCAAGCCUCAGCUACUACCCUUACAUGAAGCUGAAUACAGAGAUCAACCAGAGCUGAGUCCAGGCCUGGCACCACUAUAUUCACAACCCCAGAAAUAUAAACCAGACAAACAGGACCACAGCUCCACUUCUGAGAGAGAGCCCCAGAAGAAGACUGAGGUGGUGUAUGCAGAUAUAUCCCAGGAUGCACUGCGUCAAAAAAGAGCCAUCAGACAGCCUGACCAGUCAACGGUGUACUCAUCCCUCAGAUUUCAGACUGAAGUCAAUGAAGAAUGAGGGGAAAGUUGACAACUAUGAGCUGAUCUCAGCUUGAUCACCAUUGUCUUCAAGGUUUAAAAAUAUACUGAUGGGUCCAACACUGUGGACUUUGACUUUAGUUUUCUGUUUGAUAGUGCAUAACAAGAACAGAUCACAAUUUAGGAUAGCUGUCAAGCAAUUUAAGUUUUAGUCAUGGUUGAUCAUUGGAUAAAUUAACCCCUUAAAGCCUGAAAACACAAAUUAUAGCCAGAAAAUUCAAAUUUUUUGGAACUGAAAUGUUAAUUUCACUUUCCACUGAAAUCCAUCCAUCCAUCCAUUUUCUAUACCGCUUAUCCCGUUUGGGGUCGCGGGGAAGCUGGAGCCUAACCAGCUGUCAUUGGGCGAGAGGUGGGGUACACCCUGGACUGGUGGCCAGUCAAUCGCAGGGCUGAGAUGUAGAGACAGACAACUAGGCACGCUCACACUCACACCUGCAGUCAAAUUAGAGUGAUCAAUCAACCUAACAAGCAUGUUUUUGGUGGUGGGAGGAAGCCAGAGUACCCGGAGAGAACCCACGUAUGCACGGGGAGAACAUGGAAACUCCACACAGAAAGGCCAUGAAUGGGAUGCGAACGAGAGACCUUCUUGACGUGAGGCAACAGGGCUAACCCCUGCGCCACCGUGCAACCUAAUGAACUCCAAAAAAAUCCCAAUUUCCAUAGAAUUUAACAUAUAUACUGUAUAUAUUUUUUUAAAGAUUUAUUUUUGGGCCUUUUCGUGCCUUUAUUAGAGAGAGGAGGGCAGUGGAUAGACUGGGAAACGGGGAAGAGAGCAGGGGACACGCGGGAAAUGGUGCCACAGACCGGAUUUAAACCCGGGCCACCCGUGUACAUGGUGCAUGCCUUAACUACUCAACUACCAACGCGCCCUGUAACAUAUGUAUUUUUUGUAUCUCAUACAGUAGUGCUUUUGGUAACUGAUAAUCCACUUGAUGGCAUUUCUAUCAUUUUCUAUCAUCACUUCAGAUUGUGUUCAUCCAUCCAUCCAUUUUCUAUACCCCCACGCUUCCGUUUCGGGUCACGGGGGGGCUGGAGCCUAUCCCAGCUGUCAUCAGGCGAGAGGCAGGUACACCCUGGACUGGUGGCCAGUCAAUCGCAGGGCUGACAUGUAGAGACAGACAACCAGGCACGCUCACAAUCACACCGACGAGCAAUUUAGAGUCACCAAUUAACCUGGUGGGAGGAAGUCGGAGUACCUGGAGAGAACCCACGUGUGCACGAGGAGAACAUGGAAACUCCACACAGAAAGGCCCUGGCCCUGACUGGGAAGCAAACCAGCGACCUUCUUGCUGUGAGGCAACAGCGUUAACCCCUGCGCCGCCAUGCCGCCCCAGAUUGUAUUCAAUAGUUUCUUUUUUGUAAUUUAUGAUCAUAUUGAUUAGAUAGAGGUAUCAUAAAAGUAUGUAUCAAAUAUGAUAUAACAGGCUUUAAGGGGUUAAUUACAGGUGUAAUUACAUCUAAAAUUAAGUUAUAUGACAUUUCUUACAUUUUCCAUGCAAAUAUUGACAAUAUAAAGCACAUGUUACCAGUGUCUUGAUGUGGCAAUCAAAUGACUGCAAAGAGAUGUAUUUUAUGAUGCUGACUUUUAGAUUAUUUUUUAUUGAGAGCUGCCUAGCUACACUGAUGUCUGAAACCAUGAUUUAGAACUCAGAGAGAGCUUCAAGGUGAUAAUUCUGUGAAAUGCAGUGUUUAACACAGUUAUACAUACAGAAAUAUGUAGGAGUACAUGUACAAAAUAACUCACUGACAUCCAGUAAGCCCCAGAUAAUGUGACAGCAUUUACUCCUGUGUCAAGUUCAUGUCUUAAGUCCUUCAUCUUAAGUUAAGAGUAUACUUUCUUUCUCUGUAAAUAAAAUCUAAUUUUAUUUUGGAAAAAUACUGAAGUUCUUGUAGGUAAGGAUAUUAACUUAACCAUGGAAAAAUAUAUAUUGUUAAUUGAGCUUUCUGGGAGUUUUAUGAAGUGGACUGAGACAUUUAAAGUAACCGUGGUCUGAUUAUACAUCACUGUAGAGCAGGGGUUCUCAACCUUUUCAGCCUACAACCCCCAAAUAAAGGUGCCAGAGACCAGGGACCCCCACUGUACCUGAACAUAGCCAUGCAUAUUCAAAAACAGUUGUGUGCAGACAAGGCCUCCAUGAGAGGAAAAAGGGGAUAAUAACAACUCUUAUCUCUUUUUUUUUCCUUAUUCAUGUGUGCUAAAGUAUAGCCAUCUUAAAAAAUGUAAAUCCCUUUUCUUAAAUGGAGUAAAAUGGGCUAGAAGUGGUGAAAUUCAGAUAAAAGUGGCAAAAAUAGUUUAAUGUGGCAAAAAUGAGCAUAAAAAGCACUGAAAAAGGCUGACAGUGGCAAUAUCAGCUUAAAAGUGGCAGAAUUUGGUAGGAAAAGUGGUGGAAAUUUGGUCCAAACUUACAAAAAGGCAUAACAACUAGUGAAUGUAGUUAAAAUGGACAAAAAUGGAAGUAAAAAGUAGUGAAUAAGGGUCAGUCUUGGCCAUAAUGGAUCAACAGAGGCCACAGUAGGUGGAAAGAGGAAAGAAUUUGUUUUAAAGUGACAGAAACGUGCAGGAAGUUGGUGAAAAGGGUUUAGAAGUGACAAAACUGGCUUAAAUUUGGUGGUGAAUUUAGAUUAAAGAGUGAAAUGGGGUUAAAGUGGCAGCAGUUGCUGGUCAAAGAGCUUUAUUUAACAGUGUCAGGCUCAGUGAUGUCCACUGAGGAGCUGAUGUCUAAAUACAACAUUAAUAGAAAUCAUUUCUUCUAAUACCUGCAACUUUGAAGCUUUGUCAGUCGAAACAAUGCCCUUACCAAACCCCCACUUUCAACAGUGGAAAACAAUAACAAAGGGUGGAUUGAAAAAAGGCAUCAUAUCUGAGUUAACCUACUGACAUGUAAUUCAGUUGAGAACUCAGGCUGUUAAUUGAAUAACUGGAGAGAGGAUUUGCGAUUGGAAAUCUCUGAUGAAGACUGUAAAGUAGUUUGUGCUGAUGCUUACAGAAGGUCCAUAAAUACACGUCUGUAAUUGUUUUAGUAUAAAUUCUUAAGGCAGACUUAUAUGACAUCAGCUGAUCUAUAUGAAUACAUCAAAAAUACCCCAGAUAUUUGUGUAAAAGAUAUAGAAAGUAGACAAACAUUAUUUUACUGUAUUUAGCAGUGUAAGAAAGUUAAAAUGUUUUGGAUGGAGAUCAGAUUUACAAUUGAUGUAGCUUGAUGAAGCUUUCUCUGUUGGGUUUACAUUUGAAGAAACAUAAAUAUAACAUAAAUAAAAAAGCAUUUGUUAAUCCUUGCUUACUUUGUGCCAAAUAAUGUAUUGAUUUGUUUUGUAAAAACAUUCAUAGAUCAGGUAUAACUCAGUGGAUAAGGCAGAUGUUGUCAUGUCUUUGGAAAGGAUAUCCUCUAUAUUAAAGGCUAAGCAACAAAAAUGUAUGGAAACCUUUCAUUCACUAUGCCAAGAGUCUAGAGUAGAUGAUAAAAAAAUGACCAAGUGAUGUGGACAAUGCAGUUUCUGAAUUUGCAUAGAUUUUUUUUACACUCUUUUACAACUACAAUUUUAAUAUUGAACAGCUGUUACAAAUGUAUGUCGUAUAGAUGACCUGUUUAUGUGAUAACAGAGGCAUUGUUUUUUGUGAGCUCCUAGGUUUUUUGUUUUGGCCAUUACAAACGGCACCUUUGUAUCUUAGUAGUGUUGUACUCAAGACCACACUAUCCGAGACCAGGCCAGAGUGCACCGAGACCAAGACAAGACCAAGACUAUUGGGAGUCAAGACUGAGACCUAGACAAAGCACGAAUGAGACAAGACCAUAACAAUCAAAGAACCGUGACAAGGUUGAACAGUUAAAGAGCAUUUUCUCUUUAAUUUUAGUUUUCUCUAUUUAAUAAAUUUGACAGAUAAAUACCAGGUGUCCACAACUCUUUAAAAGCACAACUUGCAAGAAUCUCAUUUCUUAUAAAAAAAUUAAUCCUUAUAUGUAUUUAAAAGCCACUGACAAGUCCAGAAUUA